CACCUUGCAUAUCUGUCAUGGAUCGUUCUGAUAGCGAUCAUCCACUAUCUAAGGUCCUGCUCGCAAGCGCUGUCGUUCGUCUUACCCAGAUUGUUUCAGUGCUGAUCACCUCAUUGCUAGAGCGUCAACAAUAGCUUGGUAUCUGGUUCGCGAUGGCAAUUACAGUGAGCGCUCCUUGCAUCUGAAUCUUAUACUUUGAGUUUCUCCGGCACCGGUGUCUCAGGCUGAAAUUUUGCAGGCCAACGUGCUAACCAUAGUGAUCUACUAGAUCUAGGGCCUGUCUUCUUGCAUAAAAGAUGGUAUAACGGCUUGUGUUGUAUUGUGCUUAUUUUCUCACUGCCCUGUUGCUAUUUCCUGAUGUCAGAACAGAAGACCGAGUCACCAGUUAGCCCAACUAGUGGGUGGUCUUCGUUCUGGGAAGGAAUUCUCCGUCUUCUGCCCUCCAAGCCCCCUGUGAACGGCCGUUCGUUUGAGUCCGGUCCAGAUGUAUUAGAUCAACCUCGGAUGGACAUCGUACAUCACCUAGCGGCGUCACAGCCAGUCACAAGCCAUGAAGCUGACGAACCAAUAUACAUUGACCUAAUAGACGGCCUUCCUGAUCUCAGUGGACAGAUUAAAGACAAGGGUGCCUUCCCUAACAGCAUCGGCGGAUUCAGCGAUGUAUGGAAAUGCAUCUGGAUCGGGAAGGAUAGUAUGAGGGUCGCUGUGAAAGCAAUCAGGAUUCAGGGCGAUGUUAAAGAUAGAGAGAAGAAGAGUAAGCGACUGUGCAGGGAGGCAAAAAUAUGGGCUACCCUGAAAGAUGUGCACAUCUUACCGCUCCUCGGACUUACAUGGGGGUUUGGCCCUCUUCCAGCCCUAGUUUGUCCAUGGGUUGAGCACGGUUCAUUGAAUUUUUACCUGGAAUUAAAGCACGAGGAUCUCUCUUUGGGGUUGAGAUUCCGCAUUCUUCAAGGAUUGGUAUCAGCAGUCUCAUAUCUUCAUUCACAAGAGGUUGUACAUGGUGACAUCACAGGAUCGAACAUACUGAUUGACGGACAAGGAGAGCCGCUUUUGUGUGAUUUUGGCCUCUCCUUCUUGCAUGAGGAGCUCACGGGACAUUCAUACUCGACGUCCUGCAAGCCAGGGAAUGUACGUUGGGCUGCGCCAGAGUUAUUGAUGCCCCUGCAAGACGGAUCUCCGUGCCGUGCGUGUAUAAGGAGUGAUAUUUACUCUGUGGGUUGCGUAAUGCUGCAGGUACUUUCUGGCCGCGUACCCUACGAUAGGUGGACGGAUUUUAUGGUCAUCAGUGAGAAGUUCAAGGGCAGGGAACCUCUACGACUUCCCGAACCUCCCAUUGAUGACCGUCAUUGGGAAUUCAUGAGACGCUGCUGGCGUAAGAAGCAAGAACGAUCUGUAACAGUGAAGGAUAUAGCCGAAUUCAUCAAAAGGGAACUGGACGAUGCACGGAAGUUUGGGAGACUAUAAGUAGUUGCAGUACAUACUAGGUAGCAUUCUUUACUGCAUUCGACUCGUU